GAAAAAGCACAGUUGGACACCUUGUUGGUCCUUGGGUGUGCAGGGGCCCAUCGCAUUUCUUUGCUUCAAACCACCACUACCACCACCUUUGCUUUGUCCUCUUGUAUAUAAGGGCAUUGCAAUAGUCAAAACGGAGACCCCCCCUCUUGUCCGUCCCCAGUCAUCCCACUCCCAACAUGUCUAAUCCGCCUCUUCGAAGGUCUACCCGUGCUGCUUCCGUGAAGCCAGACCAACAGGCAGCAGCUAAGGCUGCAAAGGCACCAAAACCUCUUGCGCGUACGGCGAGUCGUACGACCAAGCGCCCAGCUUCACCAGAUCCAUCUCCCCCGCCAGCCAAGCGCUCGAGAGCAAGAAGCGAAAAACCGCAAACCGAACAUACUAAAAAAGUCGCAUCAAAGCCUGCAUCCACGAAAAAAGUAACACAAACUCUGAACCUGGCCAAACAUUCAAAGGUGAAUGGUCUCGCUACAGUGCGUGAAGAAGCAGCACCACGGAAACCCUAUUUCAAUCCUCUUCCAACUCCUCCCGAGAAAUCACACCCCGGCUGUCAGCUGUUCGUGUGGGGUGCAGGUAAUUUCGGUCAGUUCGGUAUGGGCGCUGACUUGCUGGGGGAGUUCGCAAAGCCCAAAAAGAGUGCUUGGAUCGAAACUAAGAUGCAGGAAGGCGCUUUUGGCGGUGAUGGGGCUGGUCUCGAGGCUGUCGCAGCCGGUGGCUUACAUACUCUCUUUAUUGAUGAGAACGGCACUAUAUGGUCAUGUGGUGUUAACGACGACGCAGCCCUAGGUCGCGUCACGAAGGAUGUGCCCGACCCAAACAAACCAGGAUCAUUCCUUGAUAUCGACGAACUGACUGCUGUUCCAUAUCCUCUUCAGUCUCUAGUCGACGAGAAAUUCCGCGCUGUUCGGAUAGCUGCUGGAGAUAGUAUUUCGGCAGCCAUCAGCUCCGAGGGGGAGUUGCGAGUGUGGGGUUCAUUCCGAGCUGUUGAAGGUGCUCUUGGUUUUUCGGGAGAAGAAAAACACCAGUUUCUGCCGAAACCUAUUUUAGGUUAUGGUCAGAAACCAAACGACGAGAAAGCCGUGUCUGUAGCAUCGGGAAACAACCACUUGGUGGUAUUGACCACACACGGAAAUGUUUAUGCGUGGGGUGCAGGCGAGCAGGGUCAGCUUGGUCGCAAGAUUCUCGAACGCCGCAAGAUCCACGGCACAGUUCCUGAGAAAAUCAUUCUUGGUAAUCGAUCAAACAAAGCUGUGCUCGUGGGUGCAGGGAACUAUUGCUCCUUUGCAGUGGAUGAAGAGGGGGCUGUUUGGGGAUGGGGUCUAAAUACUAUGGGUCAAACCGGCACCGGCGUUUUCGAUCCACCAUCAGCAUCGGACGAAGUCCGUUCACCAAAAAAGAUUCCUGCUCUCAGUAAGGAGGCUCUUGAGGGUGAUACCGUUGUAGAGAUUGCGGGAGGCGAGCACCAUACACUGUUCCUGACAGCUGCAGGGAAGGUGUAUGCGUGCGGGAGAUGCGAUGGUAAUCAGCUUGGACUCAACAAGGAUGAUAAUGCCGAGUUCAGAGAUCGUCCUCACAAAGACUGUAUUGAUGAGCCCAUGGAGAUCGAUUUCCCGGACAAGAGUGACCCAAUUAUACACAUUUCGGUCGGGACGCAUAACAAUAUGGUGAUUACUCGAGGAGGUGCACUAUAUGCAUGGGGGGAGGAAACGCAAGGAGAACUAGGCGUUGGUGAAAAGGAAGCAGAAACCCCUAUCGAGGUGGUCCGCAAAGAAGGAGGUUCAUGGCAAGCCAUUGCAGUUGCUUGCGGAGGUCAACAUACUUUGGGCAUGUUCAGGAAGAAGGCAUAAAGCCAUUAUUUAGACAUAUAUAUUAUAUCGAACACAUGUACUACAAUGCAUCUGUACACGUAAUAUAGCAGCGACACCCUUGCAUUGUUCGCCCUCUGCUUGGUUCUCAUAUGAU